UUAUCUUCUUCGUUCAUCGUCUGUCGUUUGACAACGAUUAACUUUGAGAUCUUUGAUGAUAACAGAUAAAUUGGCCUAUCAUUCUAAGGAAAGACAGAAAAUGUCGGUGAAUUAUGCUGCCGGCCUAAGUGACUAUGAGCACAAAGGAAAACUUGAUUUGAAAGAGGAAACCGACAAACCAGAUAUUUUAAAGGAAAACUUAAAGAAACUGAUUGAAAUUGUGAAAGAAGCAAAGCAUUUAGUUGUUCAUACAGGUGCAGGCAUUAGCACAGCUUCAGGGAUCCCUGAUUUCAGAGGCCCUAAGGGUGUUUGGACCUUAGAGGCAAAGGGGAUUAAACCUGAGUUCAGUACAAGUUUUGAGGAUGCUGUUCCCUCUAAGACUCACAUGGCACUGUUUGGACUUGUUCAAGAGGGAAUUGUCAAACAUGUUAUCAGUCAAAAUGUUGAUGGCUUGCAUUUAAGAUCUGGAAUGCAAAGAAAUAAGCUAUCUGAGCUUCAUGGCAACAUGUUUGAAGAAAAAUGUGAAAAAUGUGGCCACUCGUACUACAGGGACACCCCAGUACCAACCAUGGCACAACAAAGAACUGGCAGUGACUGUAGCUAUAUUGGAAAAAGAGGAACAAGAUGCAGAGGAAAACUGAGAGAUACUGUUCUAGAUUGGGAAGAUAAUCUUCCAUUCAAAGAGAUAAUGUGUGCUGAGGAACAAUGCAAGAAAGCAGAUGUAUCAUUGUGUCUUGGAACAUCUUUACAAAUUAACCCAAGUGGUAACUUACCCAUUUUGACCACCAAAAAUAAGGGAAAGCUAGUCAUAUGUAAUCUAUCAAAAACUAAACAUGAUAAAAAAGCUGCUUUGGUUAUCCAUGGAUAUGUUGAUGACAUCAUGGAACAACUAAUGAAAGGUCUUGGAAUCACCAUUCCAGCAUAUGACCCAAAAAUAUACUUGUCAAUGGUAUCAUUAUUUUCCAAGUCAAAACGUGAACAUAACGAAAUCACUUCUAAGUACGGUGUUAUUGAAAUGGGUGAUAACUGCAUUGAGGCAAAACGGCCCAAAAUGGAAGACAUUGUGGUGAAUUCAGCAACUCUUGACAUUAAGCUCGAAAAUGAAGACAGUUUAGUCAAGAGCUAGCAACCAGUUUCUAGUUGCAAACAUAUCUUAUGGAGUGAAAUUUUAUUUUCUUGAGGUAUACUUGAAAUUAGACCUACAGGUAAACCUUGGUGUCUUUUGCCACCUUGAAAAACUGACAUAAUAGGAACUUGAAAUGUUUUUUAUCCACGUAAAGUAGCAAUAUUCAUUGUCACAUUAUGUUUUUUUAACUAAUAAGCCAUUCAAUUGUGAUCAA